AUUCAAAUAAUGUCCAUGGAAUAAUAGCAUACCCUCAUUCACUUGAGUGCGGGACCCUGCAUUAAUUCAAGAGCAAUGUGCUGUGAUGGUGCCAGAGAUGCAUGGACGCAGCCCGUGCCCAGCCUACAAGUCCCAGGAGCUCAUCCCUGCCUCGGCCACACGGGAAAGCCCUGAGCUUGGUGUUGCUGCCCACCGACACAUCCUGUCCUUGCCUGAGGAGGAGACAUGGCGCCAGCACAGCCCAGGCAUGAUGCCCACCCAGACUUCUGCUCUGCUAGAGCCCGAGGCCCUGGAAGAUACAGGGGCCCUACCAGGAUCCCCACGUGCCCUGUGCUUCGAUGCCUCCUCUGUUUUCUUCCCCAUGCAGGAGGGUGAAGGCUCAGGAUGGGAAGGCAGCGGUGCCCUCGAUGCCAGUUUGAGCCCAUUCCUCCCCGUGAGCCCAGAGGUCAUGAAGCGGAGGCGGGGAGGGCUCAUUGAGCAGAGGGAUAUCAUCAAGGCCCAUGAAGCUCACAAGAUGCAGAGCACACCUCAAGCCCGGAGGAAAGAAUGGGAGAUGGCUCGAUUUGGGGAGGCUGUGGUUGGCAGGCCAGGAUCCGGAGAUGGAGAUUCGGAGCAGAGCAGGAACCGGCAAGGAACACCAAUGCAGUCCGCGGGGCCAGCGGCCGCCUACAAGCAAUCCAAAGCCCAGAGGGCCAGGACUAUGGCUUUAUACAACCCCAUUCCGGUCAGGCAGAACUGUUUCACCGUCAACAGAUCCCUGUUUAUCUUCGGAGAAGAUAACAUUGUCAGGAAAUAUGCCAAGAAGCUCAUCGAUUGGCCGCCAUUUGAGUAUAUGAUUCUGGCCACAAUCAUUGCCAACUGCAUUGUCUUGGCAUUGGAGCAACAUCUUCCAGAGGAUGACAAGACUCCUAUGUCCAGAAGAUUGGAGAAGACAGAACCAUAUUUCAUUGGGAUUUUUUGCUUUGAAGCUGGGAUUAAAAUUGUAGCCCUGGGGUUUAUCUUCCACAAGGGCUCAUAUCUCCGAAAUGGCUGGAAUGUCAUGGACUUCAUUGUGGUUCUCAGUGGCAUCCUGGCCACAGCUGGGACCCACUUCAAUACCCAUGUGGACCUGAGGACCCUCCGGGCUGUGCGAGUACUAAGGCCACUGAAACUUGUGUCAGGCAUUCCCAGUUUGCAAAUAGUGCUGAAGUCCAUCAUGAAGGCGAUGGUGCCUCUCCUACAGAUUGGCCUUCUUCUGUUCUUUGCCAUCCUAAUGUUCGCCAUCAUUGGCCUGGAGUUUUAUAGUGGAAAACUACAUAGGGCCUGCUUUAUGAACAAUUCAGGUGUGCUGGAGGGGUUUGACCCUCCCCACCCAUGUGGGGUGCAGGGCUGCCCAGAGGGCUAUGAGUGCAAGGACUGGAUUGGCCCCAAUGAUGGGAUCACUCAGUUUGACAACAUUCUCUUUGCUGUGCUGACUGUCUUCCAGUGUAUAACCAUGGAAGGAUGGACCACCGUGCUGUAUAAUACCAAUGAUGCCUUAGGAGCCACCUGGAAUUGGCUGUACUUCAUCCCCCUCAUCAUCAUUGGAUCCUUCUUUGUUCUCAACCUUGUCCUGGGAGUGCUUUCUGGGGAAUUUGCCAAAGAAAGAGAGAGAGUGGAGAACCGCAGAGCCUUUAUGAAACUGCGGAGACAGCAACAAAUUGAACGGGAGUUGAAUGGGUAUCGAGCCUGGAUAGACAAAGCAGAGGAAGUGAUGCUGGCUGAAGAAAACAAAAAUUCUGGAACAUCAGCUUUGGAAGUGCUCCGAAGGGCAACCAUCAAAAGGAGUCGUACUGAGGCCAUGACUCGUGACUCAAGUGAUGAACACUGUGUUGACAUCUCCUCUGUGGGCACUCCUCUUGCUCGUGCCAGUAUAAAAAGUACUAAAGUAGACGGAGCCUCUUAUUUCCGGCACAAGGAGCGGCUUCUACGUAUCUCCAUUCGUCAUAUGGUCAAAUCCCAAGUUUUUUACUGGAUAGUCUUGAGUGUGGUAGCUCUCAACACUGCCUGUGUGGCUAUUGUCCAUCACAACCAGCCCCUGUGGCUCACCCACCUCCUCUACUAUGCAGAGUUUUUGUUUUUGGGGCUCUUCCUUUUAGAAAUGGCCCUGAAGAUGUAUGGCAUGGGGCCACGCCUUUAUUUUCAUUCCUCCUUUAAUUGCUUUGACUUUGGGGUCACCGUGGGAAGUAUCUUUGAAGUGGUUUGGGCCAUCUUUAGACCUGGCACCUCUUUUGGAAUCAGUGUCUUGCGGGCUCUCCGACUUCUGAGAAUAUUUAAGGUUACCAAGUAUUGGGCGUCUCUUCGGAAUUUAGUGGUCUCCUUAAUGAGUUCCAUGAAAUCCAUCAUCAGCUUACUCUUCCUCCUCUUCCUCUUUAUUGUUGUCUUUGCUCUGUUGGGAAUGCAGCUCUUUGGAGGCAGGUUUAACUUUAAUGAUGGGACUCCUUCCGCAAACUUUGACACCUUUCCUGCAGCCAUUAUGACGGUAUUCCAGAUCUUGACAGGUGAGGACUGGAAUGAGGUGAUGUACAAUGGGAUCCGCUCCCAGGGUGGAGUUAGCUCUGGUAUGUGGUCUGCCAUCUACUUCAUCGUGCUCACUCUGUUUGGAAACUACACCCUACUGAAUGUGUUUUUGGCCAUCGCUGUGGACAAUUUGGCCAAUGCUCAGGAGCUGACAAAGGACGAGCAGGAGGAGGAGGAGGCCUUCAAUCAGAAGCAUGCCCUACAGAAAGCCAAGGAAGUCAGCCCAAUGUCUGCACCUAACAUGCCUUCUAUUGAAAGAGACAGAAGGAGGAGACACCACAUGUCGAUGUGGGAGCCACGCAGCAGCCACCUGAGGGAGAGGAGGAGACGUCACCAUAUGUCUGUGUGGGAACAGCGCACCAGUCAGCUGAGGAGACACAUGCAGAUGUCCAGCCAGGAAGGCAUCAACAAGGACGAGCCCCCUCCCAUGAAUCCCCUGAACCCUCUCAAUCCCCUCAGCCCUCUCAAUCCCCUCAAUGCGCAUCCUAGUCUCUACAGGAGGCCCAAGCCUUUAGAGGGUCUGGGACUGGAGAAGUUUGAGGAGGAGCAUGGAAACCGUGGAGACUUUCAUAAGGGGGAAGGGCUACAACAAUCAGAAGACCAGAAGAGUCCUGUGUCUAGGCCUAAGAGGGAGCAGCCAUGGCUCUCUAAGCCAUGCCAUGGAAACUGUGACCCAGCAGAGCAGGAAUCAGGAGUUGGAGAGGUGGUGGUGGGCUUUGAGGAGCGGACCCGGCACCGGCAAAGUCAGCGCCGAAGCCGACACCGUCGAGUCCGGACUGAGAUCAAGGAGCAGGCCACAAGUGCUGAAAGCAGGUCCGGGAGCCAGGAGAGAGGCCUGGAAGAUGAAACAGCUGAGGGGGAGAAGAACAGGGACUCUAAGGGGAGUCAGGAGGGGAAGGAGGUUUCUAUUCAUGAAGAAGAGAGAAGCAAAGAGUUAAAGAGAACAAACAGCCUUAUGGUUCCUGGAGGCUGUGGGCUGUCAACAUCUGCUGAUGAAAUAAGGACCCCCCUGGUCCUCCCUCAUCCGGAGUUAGAAACAGGAAAGGACAACAGCCUGACAGAGCAGGAGCAGGAGGGUACCAGUGACCAAGCUCUGCUGGAAGAUGUGCAGCUGGAUAUGGGCCGGGCCAUCAGUCGCAGUGAGCCUGACCUUUCCUCCGUAACAGCCAACAUGGAGAAGGGCACAGAGAGCACCAGCAUCGCCGUUACCAUGCCUGAUGUGGGCACCUUGGUGGACUCCACUGUGGUGCACAUUAGCAACAAGACAGAUGGAGAAGCCAGCCCCUUAAAGGAGGCAGAGAUUAAAGAGGAUGGAGAAGAAGUUGAGAAGAAGCGAAAGAAGGAAAAGAGUUCAAGCACAGGCAAAGCAAUGGUGCCCCAUAGCUCCAUGUUUAUCUUCAGCACCACUAACCCGAUUCGAAGGGCGUGCCACUACAUUGUGAAUCUACGCUACUUUGAGAUGUGCAUCCUUUUGGUUAUUGCAGCCAGCAGCAUCGCCUUGGCUGCCGAGGAUCCUGUCCUGACCAACUCAGAACGGAACAAAGUGGGUCUGAGGUAUUUUGACUGUUUCACUGGCGUGUUCACUUUUGAGAUGGUCAUAAAGAUGAUAGACCAGGGCCUGAUCCUGCAGGAUGGAUCUUAUUUCCGAGACCUGUGGAAUAUCCUGGACUUUGUGGUGGUGGUCGGGGCACUGGUGGCCUUUGCUUUGGCGAAUGCUUUGGGCACCAACAAAGGCCGGGAUAUCAAAACCAUUAAGUCUUUGCGUGUGCUCCGAGUUCUGAGGCCGCUGAAAACCAUCAAGCGCUUACCCAAGCUCAAGGCUGUCUUUGACUGUGUAGUGACCUCCCUGAAGAAUGUAUUCAACAUACUCAUUGUCUACAAGCUCUUCAUGUUCAUCUUUGCCGUCAUUGCAGUCCAACUCUUCAAGGGGAAAUUCUUUUAUUGUACAGACAGCUCCAAAGACACAGAAAAGGAAUGCAUAGGCAACUAUGUGGAUCAUGAGAAAAACAAGAUGGAGGUAAAGGGUCGGGAAUGGAAACGCCAUGAGUUCCACUAUGACAACAUCAUCUGGGCCCUGUUGACCCUUUUCACUGUGUCCACUGGGGAGGGCUGGCCGCAAGUUUUGCAGCAUUCUGUGGAUGUGACUGAGGAAGACCGGGGCCCAAGCCGCAGCAACCGCAUGGAAAUGUCCAUUUUUUAUGUGGUAUACUUUGUGGUCUUCCCUUUCUUCUUUGUCAACAUCUUUGUUGCCCUCAUCAUCAUCACUUUCCAGGAACAAGGGGACAAGAUGAUGGAGGAGUGUAGCCUGGAAAAGAAUGAGAGGGCGUGCAUCGACUUUGCCAUCAGUGCCAAACCACUCACCCGCUACAUGCCCCAGAAUCGGCAUACAUUUCAGUACCGUGUCUGGCACUUCGUGGUGUCCCCAUCCUUCGAAUACACCAUCAUGGCCAUGAUUGCCUUGAACACCGUGGUGCUGAUGAUGAAGUACUACUCUGCUCCCUGUACCUAUGAACUGGCAUUAAAGUAUCUGAAUAUAGCCUUCACCAUCGUGUUCUCCCUGGAAUGCAUCCUCAAGAUCAUCGCUUUUGGCUUCUUGAAUUAUUUCCGAGACACCUGGAACAUCUUUGAUUUCAUCACAGUCAUCGGCAGCAUCACAGAAAUUAUCCUGACGGACAGCAAGCUGGUGAAUACCAGUGGCUUCAACAUGAGUUUCCUAAAGCUCUUCCGAGCAGCCCGUCUCAUUAAGCUCUUGCGACAGGGUUAUACCAUCCGCAUUUUGCUAUGGACUUUUGUUCAGUCUUUUAAGGCCCUCCCCUAUGUCUGUCUACUGAUUGCCAUGCUUUUCUUCAUUUAUGCCAUCAUUGGGAUGCAGGUCUUUGGAAACAUAAAAUUAGAUGAAGAGAGUCACAUUAACCGGCAUAACAACUUCCGCAGCUUUUUUGGGUCCCUCAUGCUGCUCUUCAGGAGUGCCACAGGUGAGGCGUGGCAGGAAAUUAUGUUAUCUUGUCUGGGAGAGAAAGGCUGCGAGCCCGAUACCACUGCACCCUCAGGGCAGAAUGAAAAUGAACGAUGUGGCACUGAUCUGGCCUACUUUUACUUUGUUUCUUUCAUCUUCUUCUGCUCCUUUUUGAUGCUUAACCUGUUUGUGGCUGUCAUCAUGGACAAUUUUGAGUACCUGACCCGGGACUCAUCUAUCCUCGGGCCUCAUCACUUGGAUGAAUUUGUCCGAGUCUGGGCAGAGUAUGAUCGAGCUGCAUGUGGCCGCAUCCAUUACACUGAGAUGUAUGAAAUGCUGACUCUCAUGUCACCACCGCUAGGCCUCGGCAAGAGAUGUCCCUCCAAAGUGGCGUAUAAGAGAUUGGUCCUGAUGAACAUGCCAGUAGCUGAGGACAUGACUGUCCAUUUCACUUCCACACUAAUGGCCCUAAUUCGGACAGCUCUGGACAUCAAGAUUGCAAAAGGUGGUGCAGACAGGCAGCAGCUAGAUUCAGAGCUGCAAAAGGAGACCCUGGCUAUCUGGCCUCAUCUUUCCCAGAAGAUGCUGGAUUUGCUUGUACCCAUGCCAAAAGCCUCAGACUUGACAGUUGGGAAAAUAUAUGCAGCCAUGAUGAUCAUGGACUAUUACAAGCAAAGCAAAGUAAAGAAGCAGAGACAGCAGCUAGAAGAACAGAAAAAUGCUCCCAUGUUCCAGAGAAUGGAGCCUUCAUCUUUGCCUCAGGAGAUCAUUUCUAAUGCCAAAGCCCUGCCUUACCUCCAGCAGGACACCCUUUCAGGCCUGAGCAGUCGGAGUGGGUACCCGUCUAUGAGCCCACUCUCCCCCCAGGAAAUAUUCCAGUUGGCUUGCAUGGACCCAAACCAUGGGGAGUUCCAGGAGCAGCAAUCUCUGGAGCCAGAGGUUAGUGAUUUAAAAAUCGUGCAGCCCUCUAAACAUGGCAGCUACCUCCCUUCGGACACCCAGGAGCAUGCAGUAUCUGGGAGGGCAUCAUCUAUGCCACGCCUGACUAUGGAUCCCCAGGUGGUGACGGACCCAAGCUCCAUGAGGCGUUCCUUUUCCACUAUCAGAGACAAGCGUACAAACUCCUCUUGGUUAGAGGAGUUUUCAAUGGAGCGAAGCAGUGAAAACACCUACAAGUCCCGCCGACGCAGUUACCAUUCUUCCUUGCGCCUGUCAGCUCACCGUCUGAAUGCCGACUCAGGUCACAAAUCUGAUACCCAUCGCUCAGGAGGCAGAGAACGUGGUCGAUCCAAAGAACGUAAGCACCUUCUGUCUCCUGAUGUAUCCCGCUGUAACUCUGAAGAACGGGGUACCCAAGGUGACUGGGAGUCUCCUGAGCGACACCAGUCUAGGUCACCUAGUGAGGGCAGGUCUCAGACAUCCAACAGACAGGGUACAGGUUCCCUUAGUGAAAGCUCCAUUCCUUCUAUCUCUGACACCAGCACCCCAAGGCGAGGUCGUCGGCAGCUUCCACCUGUUCCCCCUAAACCCCGGCCCCUCCUCUCCUACAGUUCUUUGAUGCGACAUCCUGGUAGCAUCUCCCCUCCAUAUGAUGGGAGUGAAGUUGGUUCCCCACUGCCCUCCAAGGCCCUGGAGAGCAAUGAUGCCUGCCUGACUGAGUCUUCCAGCUCACCACAAGCAAAGCAGAGUCAACACUCCACUCCCCAGCGCUAUAUCUCAGAGCCCUACCUGGCUUUGCAUGAAGACUCCCAUGCCUCGGACUGUGGCGAGGAGGAAACACUCACCUUUGAGGCUGCUGUGGCUACCAGCUUGGGCCGCUCCAACACCAUUGGCUCAGCCCCUCCUCUGAGGCACAGCUGGCAGAUGCCCAAUGGGCACUACCGGAGGCGGAGGCGUGGGGGACCAGGGCCAGGGAUGAUGUGUGGGGCUGUUAGCGAUCUCCUGAGUGACACAGAAGAGGAUGAUAAAUGCUAGAGGCCAUGCCCCCCUCCGAUGCAUGCUCUUCUCCAAUAUGGGGUAAAACAGAUAGACCCAAGAAGCCAGUGAAGCCUGGGGGGAGGAGGAAGAAGAAAGGACAUUAUGCAGAACCAGCCAAGAAAAAGGAAAGGAAAAUAGACAAACAAUCAAACCCACCAAAAAUGAUUUGAUUUCCCUUUGCAAGACAGGCACAGCCAUGGUUCUGUCUCCUUGCUGAGGGAGAGAGAGAGAGAGAAAUGUGGGAAUGUGGACAGUCAUCUCAAGGGAAAAGGAAAAUAGAUAUAAUGGCUCUACUUCCCCCUCAUCCCAAUCACUUUGGUAAAGGCAAUGGCUUUAUGUAUGCCAGUAUUGCCCUGAAAAGCAUAGAAAACCUCCUGGCUGGAUGCUGGGGUCCAUAGGAAAUAGCCAACAGUAGAGGAAAUGCCUCCCUUACUCCCCUUCAUGCUCUUCAGCCAUCACCACUGUCACCAGAGCAAUCUCAAUAGCAUCUUGUGCUAUGCCAUGGUUUGCUCUCCACACAAGAGUUUAUGCCAAGGUCAGGAGUUCUGGAUAUCCUGUGUGGAAGGCAGGGAAGGAGAAGAAAAAAAAGGUAGGGGAUGGCCGGUGGAAGAAGCGGUCUGUGGUGCUCUGGCAUGGAAGGGGAUGGUUUCCCGAGUAAGAAUAGUAAGAGCCCCACAGCUUGCAUCAUGGAGGAUUAUAGAGUUAGAGCUGGAAGGGACCAUAGAGGUCAUCUAGUCCAACCCCUCAUUUUUCCAGAUGAGAAAACAUAGACUAAAAGAUUGGUUAAGUGACUUAUCUAAGGUCAGAAAAGUAGUUAAGUGGAAAAACUGGAAUACAUACCCAUCUUCUGACUCCAGAUUUAGCAGUGCUACCAGACAAGACCCACUUAUGUAGAUAGGCAUUGAGAUAUUGACACAUGCAGCUUUAUUGCUGUGCACAUGUACUAUGAGUCCAUGUGUUGAUAAACUGAGCAUCACCAAGGGUCUUCUUCCCCUCCUGGAUCUGUAGGCCAGUGGUCCAGUUUGGGCCACCUGCAAGACCAAUCUAAUGGGUGUUGUAGAUGUUCUAUUCAGUGAAGCCAACUGAGAAUGUCCUGAUCAUCCCUGCAUUUUCCCUGAGGGAAUGGAAAUCAUAUUUAAGAGUAAUCACAUGUCAGAUAGACCUUUAAAAAAAAAAAGGAAGGAGAUGAGGUUAUUUAAAUUAAAAAAGCCUCCAUCAGUCAGGCAAUAUUUGAGUGCCUCUCAUGGAUGUACAUGGACACUACCACUGGAUGGUGGGAUUUUCUCAGUUAGCAUGUGGUUAGGGACCAGCUUCACUAGUCUUGUGGGAUCCUAUUUAAGGUAAUUAGUUAAUAUACCUCAACUUAGGCUUAGGAUGCUGCUUGCAGGAGAGCAGCUUCUAUGCUGGAACAAAACUCAUGUAAUAAAGAAUAUUUCCUUAAGUCAGGACCCUACUUCCCCUCUCUCCUAAGUAACAACAGUGCAGAAUGGCAUUCAAUUUGGAAUCUCUCCUUGUGCUACAGCACAGACAGGUUCUGCACUCAACAAACGCCAGUCCCUUCUUCUGUAAUGCUUUGUUUACACUUUGGCAAAUGAGAAAGAGAUACAGAUUAAGGACUUAUUCCAAGGCAUUUUAAAAUGCCCUGUCCUACCUCCAAUGCCUGACUGCAGAGCUGCUUAAUGUCACUCCUUAUAUCCACCAGUUUUCCAAUGAGACCCUAACAAUGAGAUAGAAAAUAGCCAAGCCCCCCUUUCCUAGCUAAACUAAGCAAAGGGAAAAGUAAUGAUCCUCCAAAUCCAGUAUUCUCAAGAUAUGAUCUAAUGGGAUGAUUUAAUAGCAGUCAUGGAACUCCACUAAAACCUGAUACAAUGACUACAGAUUGCCCUUUACAAGAGAAAAAGGCACUGCCUUCAUCUGCACCCACCCCCAAUACAGCUACCUCCAUCCUUCAAAGACAGCAACGUUGCCAGAAGAAUUACACUGCAAGUAAAAGGGAUCAUUGAGAAAUGAGCCCAGUCAGGGUACCAAUGGUCCUCUUGCCAGAGCAGGAUCAGAAUCAGGAGAAGAAAGAAGGAAAUAAAUCUGUCGUUAAGACCCUAUUCCUGUCCCAGCACCCACUAGAGACUUCCCUUGUUCCAUUUCACAGGAUGAGUCUUAAAAUGGAAAACCAGUGGAGGGAAGUCAUUGUUGAUUCUGCCAGUGGCUAAGUAUAACCUAUUCAUACCCCUUUUAGUCAAAGAAUGGAUGACAGUUUUUCUUAGACUCAUUUCUGAAAUAUUUUCCUAUGGCUUUCUAAUCUGGAUAGAAAGAAAAUAUAGUAGGAUUAGCUUUGCAUACAGAAUAACCUCCCAGUGGCUUGGAGGCGCCAAUCAUUCUACAUAUACCUUGCAGAUAUUAACAAAUCAUUCAUGCAAGCCAGAGUACACAAGCCCUAGCCAUCAUGUCACAUGUGGUCAGUCACAAAACCAAAUUUACCACCUAAGAAAUGGAAGGUCAAUGGCAAAGAGGUAGCGCAUUAGCAAAUGGCCUGCCCUUCCUUCCUUAGCUACUAGAAUAUCGUCUCCCCCUCCCAAUUGCCCAUCAUCCACCAUUUAUACACUCUCCCAAAGCAGUUCAGAGUGUAAGCAUUGAUGUACAAACCACUGAUGUUACAAUCCUUGUAACAUAAGGGCUGUACCCCGGGUGUCACGUUGUUCUCCACGGCGUUGUUGUAAAGCAUCAUUUCACACCAAAGCUCUGCUAUGACUCCUCCAAGUACACAACCUUAUUUUCUUCCUCCUCUGAAACAGUUAUCUCAAGGGAAGGACUUUGCACAGGACAGCAAUUCUGAGUCAGCAGCAUGAUUGCUUGGUGUUUUGAGAGGGAGAACUGAAGUGGUAACUAAAGCCAUUUAGACUGUAGGGGAAAGUCAGGCUGGGAAAACAAUGGCCAGAAUUGGAAUUUUGCUGCAAACAUGGCUUUAAGAAAUCUAAAGUUCCAAGAGACCUUCCUAGAUACCUUAGCCCCUUGAAUUUAGAGUGUUCAUAUGCUAAACAAAUGGCCUGGCACCAGAGUACCAAGAGUGAAAAUGGAAACCUUUAUACACUGACCGACUGCCAGCCUAUCUUAUUCCUGGAUGUAUGACCUAAUUUCCUUUUCUCUGCUUCCCUUAACUAAGGGAAUGAAGCCUAGUCUGUCACAUUAGGGCAUGAGACACAAAUUACCUUCCCUCUACUACUCUAUCUUCCUUGCUGCCAAUAAAAGUUUUUACUCAAAUAUUUUCUCCAACUAGCAACCUGCUCAAAACAUUCAUUCAUUCAUGUACCAAUCCCUGUCCCUGCUGAUUUCUUUGGAAAGUAAAUCUAAUAUGUUUCACCUUGCUUUAAAAAAAAAGUAAUUGGCAUUUUAAAAAAAUCUUGAACUUGAGAAGAUUAUUGUUAAUGCCCUAAAAGAUGGGGGGGGGGGGAGAGUUUCCAGAUCUAUUAACAUCAUUCUUAAUUUUCUUGCUCAAUAUUACACCUAUUAGCAUUCCCUUAAAAGCAAAUGAGAAAAACCCAGCUGGUACUGAGAAGGCCUAUGAAAAUUAGUUCUGGUGCUUUUAGAAAUGUUGGUCACUACCCAGGCUUAGGCCACACGGCCCAUCUAUGGUCUUCUACUCUUCCAAUUCUUCCAACAGAAAAACACAGAGCCAGGACUGGAACGAUAAGUGGACAGAAGGGCAAGACAGACCUAUGGAUCUAGCAGAGAAUGAGGACUGGCAUAGGCCAGAACAAGAUGGAAGAUGGUGCCCUGUCAUUCAAUAAACGUUGCUAUUGGCUAAAUGCUGAGGAUAGAAAUAAAACCAAAACAGGCAACGAUGCCACCCUAAAGAAGAGGAAUGUGCAUUCAAGUGGGUCAUCAUCAGCUUGCCUUGUCCUUAUUGCCAUGUCCUUAAAGCACUAGGUUUAUGGUUUAUCUACACUCACAGGACCAUAGCAUUUUAGAGCCAGAAAGGACUUUUGAGAUCAUUUAGGUCAAGCCCAACAUUUUAUAAUGAAAGAAUGAUUCAUGGAGGUUAAGUGACCUGAUACUGACAUUACUGACAGAUUGGAAAGGAAAUCCAUCCCAGUUUAAUCUAUGUCUUCACACACUGGUAGAGAGAUUUCAGAGUAUAUUUCCCUGAAAUGGGGCCCCAGGUAUUUCUCAGGAUUCUGCUUUCUCCUAGCUUAGUGUAUUAUAUGGAAGGCCAAAGCAAUUGUUUCUCUUCCCCUGGCAAGCAGCCUUUGGGUUGAAAGUAAGUCUCCCUUUUCUUCUAUUCUCACCAUCCCAGUCAAUAUUUGGAAGCUUAACGUUGAUUCAGCUCUUGAGAUUGUUAAAUACACCAGGCUCAGGCUCAGUUGCAUGCACCACUGCCUCUGCAUCAAUAUUUAGCCUACUCAUUGAAUUCAGUUGUUGAAUUUUCUAAAUAUAAAUGGAGCACAAUGAUCUUUAGGAAUGGACAAUAAAAGUCCAUGAGAUACUCUGAAGCAGGCAUAGGGUAGAAUGACUUUGCAUCCAUCCAUACAUAAAUCAUAUGUAUGUAUCUACAUAAAUGCAUACAUCUAUACGCAUACUGAAAAUCAAUUAAAUAUUGGGCCAGGGUCGUAUUGCCAAAGCAAGUGCCAUCUGGUAUAAAGCAACAAAGAUUUUUUUAAAGAAAAUUUAAAAAACAAAAACAAAAAAUACCCCCCACGUGUGCUUUAUAAACUCUUUCUAAGGCCUGUCUUGCCUUUGUGUGUUCUGGAGAGAGCAUUUCCUGUGUGGUUAAGAGCUGAGGACCAGGAGACUGGAUUCUCCUAUUUGUUUCCAGCUCAAUCAUGAAUUCGCUGUGUAUAACAUUAUGUAAUCCAUUCCACCUCUUGCCAGAAGAAUAGUGGGAAUCGGUGUAUGUGUUGGGAGGAGGGGAAAAAUGAGGCCAGAAUGCUAUUUACCUACCUCACAGGGAUAUUGUGAGGCUUAAAGCAGAAACAUAAAAGAUUAAUUAAUACUGUUAAUUACUUAAUUAACCAGUUAAUUAAUGCUGUUGUCGAUUACCAGUCUGUCUGUUAAGUGUUUUGAGAUCCUCACAAACCAGGUGCUAAUGCAAUUCAAAGGAUCAGAGGAGGAACGGUUUCUAUUCAUUGGAGCAUCCUUUCUGGAGUGUCCAUUCCUAUGUGACCCUUGCCUGCUCUCUUCCAGAUUUGUAGUAUUUGGUCUUGCCCAACUCAUUCACCUGAGCACUUUACGAAAUAUCCCAUAGAGAAAGAAACGGGCAGGAAAGCCCCUUUACGUGUUCUGAGAGUGAUAAGGGCAGAAUCCAGACCCCACAUAGAAUCAAAACCCAAAACCCAAAAUUUACUUAAAGCAAAACCCCGUAAAAGCAUUUGUAUACACACGUACAUGCACACAUUUUUAAAGACCCUUCUAGCAAAAGAAAAACUUAUACUCAGGGGCUUCUUGACCUAACCUUACCACGUUACGAACUAAUAAGAGUUCAGCCUAGCCAGUGCUGUGUUUGUCAAAGUGAGUACACCCUGGCAUUCCUCAGUGUCUUAGCCUGUACCAUUAAACUGCCCAUAAAAUGUCAUCCAGGUUCACCAUAGGACCCAGAAACAGUGGCCAUUGCCUUUGUCAGCUGGUCUGCAUAAAUUGUUACUUACUGCCUGCUGAACAACUGAAUUUUUUCAGUUGGUACUUCGAAUUGCAGCACGUAUGGCAAUGGUGCAUAGACGUAAGCACUUUGCAGUCCAUUCGGAGGAAAUGGAAUUAGUUCUCCUGGAUCUUCUGACUGACCUCUCCUUCCCUUAAAUCCACACCUGCUUCUUAGCCCCUUUGACCAUCUCAAGCUUUAGUCUCAACAGCCUAUCACAAGGCAAACGGAUACACAGCAUCAUUCCAUGCUGGACUCGGGUUCUCUGCUACACUGUGAAGCAUUCUUUGGCAAAUAAAGCCUUUUAAGUAUCAUAGACUGAUCGCUGUGUAGGGUUGGAGGGACACCAUUUCCCAAAGCUGACUCUGAUUGACUGGUAGGUGGGUAGUGUGUACAUCAAUACCUAAGAAUCAACAUUCCUCUUUCAAAGGGAUGUCUCCCCUGGGCACAAACUUCUAGGGUGGAUGGAGGUAGGUAACUAAAAAAUUGGGGUGAAAGCCCCUGACACCUCCUUCAUCUUCUCACCCCAACCCAAUGCUGUAAAUGCUUUUAAAUGCAAAAAGAUUUCUGACCAUAAGCCAUGCUUUUUGUAAAUACAUUAUUACAACUUGGAAUUUUCUUUUUGGGGUGGGUAAGAAUUGGGUUGAGCAGGGAAUUCAAAAAGAAGUUAUUGAUCAUUUAACAUACAGGUGUGGUGUAACAGAGGGUUGCUAAGGGGAAACAACGAAAGUGCUCCCAAAAUUAUUUUGAGCCAGUUUUUAUUUAGAACAUUUAUUUCAAGUAUUAUAACACUUGAAUCAAGAAUCAAGAGAACAGUCUCACACGCACUCUUUGUCAUUCUUCUCAAAAGACUAAAAAUCAAGUCUAGAUUUCCACAAAUGGAAAUAUUGUCUUAAGACCCUGUCGGAUGAAUAUGACAGAACAGAAAGAGUAAAGGGAUGAUUCAGAGACCUUUGAUGGAUAAUUUUAAGACUCCAUCACAAAAGAUUAUAAUGUAUGGUUUAGAACAAACAAAAAACCAAAGUGAUCGAUGUCCUGCUAAACCUAAAUACUGAUGCAGGAAAAGUUACUGACACUUACUUGGUAGAUAUUCCACUAGCUGAUGCCUUUAACAAAAGGCAAAUUCAGAGCUCUCUUGUUAGUCAGACAUCAUAAUGUUUGGCACUUCCAGGGACACAGCAAAUGCUUCUAAGUAAGCUUGAUGUUGUCAUUGAGUCUCCACAAAGCAAUUUAAAAUUAUAUUCACUCAUCCCAUCCCACUAAGAUCCUGUGCUAUUUGUGUUAUUUUUAUUUUACCUCUUUAAGGAAACUUGGUUUCAAGUUUGAGGAUACUUGCAUCCAAGAUCUGGUGCAAAAUUCUCCUCUCACUCCCUCAUAUUCUUUCUCUCUUUCUCUUUUUCUUCCCCUUCUCUCUUAUAAUGGAAACCUCUCUUUAGGAACUGAAACCAUUUCACCAGUGAAAGGUCUUAGGUUGCCAUGCUUAGAUGUUCAGAUACCUGGACAGGUCAGAGAUCAGACAAUUAUCCCCAUUCUAAUACUUGGCACCCUGCCCUAAAGGAGGCCUCCAUUCUAGAGAGAGUUUCUUAAAAGUUAAGGGAGCUCUCUUGAUAAGAUCACAGGAUUUUUGAGCUGGAAAAGAUCUUCAUUUGAAAUGAGAGAGGUAAAACAGUUUGCCCAUGUUUUCACAGGCAAUAAAUGGCAUUUGAAUCUGGAGCUAGCCUCUUUUCUCCACACCAUACUGGCUGUAUUCUUGGCCUUGAAAAUCAGAACUAAUAUUGUGUCUGAUGAUGCUGGACCUUACAAGUCUGCUUGGCAUUCAAGAUGGAUUUUAUUUUUCUCACUCCUGGAUCCGGGUUAUAGACUCCAAACCAAAGAAGGGUUGUUUUUUCCAGAUGGUAAGUCUACAACUCUGUCUAGGAUUAGGCCUGCCAGGAGACUGGAAGAAGAGGCUCAAACAUUUUAUGACUUAGAUUUUCUUCCCAAAGUUCCACUUCUAAAGCAUCAUGUAACAAGGAUGUUUUGCAUUUGUCCUACAUCUUUGCCCCUAGAACCAUCACCCAAGGCAAGUCUUCUAGAAACCUUUUGUGAUUAGAAACAAGGAUAAGUGGGAGGAACACACUCCAAAAGUUCAAAGUGCCAUUAAUUAAAAAAAAAUAAAUGUGAUGCUCAAUGAGGGCUAAAAGUCACUAAUUGCCAUUUAAAAUAUAUAAUAGCUUUGAUGGCUAUUCGAUAUUUGAUAUUGAAUGAUAAAACAUUAAGCAGAUAACAAGAGAUUUAGCAAAACCACAUAAUUGAAUUUUAAGAUUUACCUACUGUGGAAUAAAUACACUGGAAUGUAGAGCACUUUUUUGUGCUAGUGAUUUAUGAACCUGCCAAAAUUUAUACAAAGUUAACCAAAGUGCUGAAAUUGUGAAGGAACCAAUCUUUCCCUUAGCGAUGUUAGAGAAUAGUCCAGGAACACUCACCCCGAGACCAGGAUUUGCAACCCUGUAAUACAUAUUAUUGGGGGGGAGGGGAGAUCUUUUGCACAAGGUCUGUAGAGAACCCAGUGAUAGAAAAAUAACUAAGGCCAUGGAGUAGAGCACCAAAUUAUAAAACAAAAACAAGGUUAAGGGAUAACAUGAGUGAGUUGUCAGAAGAGGAAACGCUCCCAUAGAGUUUGAAUCUUCUUCCCUUAGAUCAUGACUUGAAUUAAUAUGGACAUAGUAUUCUCUAAGGAUCUUUCCCUUUAAACAAUCCUGAGGCAGUGGAUUCCUAAAGGUCCAGAACAGUUAUAUAUGGUUUUUCCAGAUGAGCAAGGGAAUUCUUUUAUGUACUCAACCAGAAGACAAUCAAUUUCAGUAGCCCUUCAAUAGAGAAGCUGUGAUACCAGGGAGCUUACACUGAACUUCCAUGCAGGAUAUAGGCUGUAAGGGGAGGGAGGGACAGUGGGAUUGGGGAGGGGGGGUUUAGGGGGAAGAUUUUAUCAGGGACAGAUAUCAAACUCUGCAUAUGGAUAUAUGUUGAAAGGCAAACCAAAAAGUCCUGGUUUGAUAUAAUCCAGUUGGAUACAGUGUACCAAUACUAUCCUCAGUGGAUAGCCCUUUACAAAGAGAUGGUCUGCACUUUAUCCAGGUCAACGACCUCUGUCUUGGACCCAAGAUUAUGGCAUGUUCACCUUGAUUCGCUCUUGGUGCAUGAGUGGCAGAGACAAGAUACCGAAGAAAGUCGGUGUGCUGCAUCAGGCUGUUAAAGGGCAGCCACCAUGAAAAACUACACCCCAGCUAAACCCUAUGCCAUUUUCUUACCCACCUCGUUCUGUGGGGAACUCCAAUCCAGCACCAGUUUCAGUAACUGUGUGUUACAGGGAGCCAAUGUAGGUCCCUCAGAGUAUCAGUGCAUCUCUUCUAAAGCAGGAGUUCAGCACUGCAUGUUGACAAGGUGGAUAUAUUGUAACAUAAAUGCUCGUUUGGAUCCAAAAAGAAAACAUUUAAAAAUGAUGUACAACUUUAAUGGGUUGGUUUUUUUUUGUCAA